AUGAGCGGAAGACAGAAAAAACAAACGGUGGAGGAGCAGCAGGCUGCGCUCAAGCAGAGAGAGGCGGCGCAGGCGAGGCUCGUGGCGGCGCAGCAGGCCGCGGCGGCGGCGGCGGCGGUCGCGGGAAAACGGGGUGAUGAUGGCGGACACGCACUCACGAAGGAUGAGCUUCAGGAUAUGCUCAAGGAGUUUGCGCCAGGGUUGGAGUUUGAUUCGGCGGUGGAGGACGUGCUGCUGGAAAUCGUGGAUGACUUCGUAGAUACCGUACUCGAUCACUCGUUAAUGCUUGCAAAGCAUCGCGGGAGCGAAGAGAUCGAACCAAAGGAUGUGCUCAUGCACCUGGAGCGUCAGUGGGACAUGUACAUUCCCGGAUACAGCGGGGAGGAGGUUCGACAGUACCCGCAGAAGAGGAUGGACUUGCACGCGAAUCGCAUGGCCGCCGUGCGCAGAUCCGUCGCCGCGGCCACAGCGGCGCAAAAUGAGGCCAAGAAGCAAGUUAAGCUCGCCGCCGAGCGCGCCGCGAAAAAGGGUGGUGACGCCGAGGGCGCCUGA